AUGGCACCGAUUUCACUCUCCAUCCGCAAGGCCACUCCGGCCGACCUCCCAGCUGUUCUCGCACUCGUGCGCUCAGCAUACCGCGGUGAAUCCAGCCGCGCAGGAUGGACAACCGAAGCAGGACUCGUCGAUGACCAGCGAAUCGAUGAAACAGGACUCUUGGCGAAGAUCAAUGAGCCGCUUGGAGCAGUACUUGUUGCUGAGGACGAGGCCGGCGAUAUUUUAGCCUGCUGCGAGGUUCUGAAGCAAAGCGACACUCUGGGAUACUUUGGCCUUUUUGCCGUAAAUCCGCUCCGCCAAGCCGGAGGGAUUGGACGCACUGUUCUCACCGCAGCAGAAGAAUAUGCCAAGCAGACAUGGGGUAUAAGAGAGAUGGAGAUGAGCGUUAUUUGGACUCGCGAAGAGCUGAUCCAGUAUUAUAUCCGACGAGGAUACACAAGGACGGAGAAGACGAAGCCUUUUCCUUAUGCUGAGUUAGUGGGCGGCAAGGCACUGAGAGACGAUUUGUAUUUCUCCAUUUUGAUAAAGGCUCUUUGA